GAUAUCCUGGACCACAGCGCCUUCCUCUUGACGUUGAGCGCCUUGUCAACUUCUGCCGCCUGAAGGCAAAUAAAUCGGUGAGUCGUACAAUACAUAGCAACAUAAAUUUUAUUCCAUAUAAGGGUGCUUACAUCAAGAAACAGUACUGUAACUUAUACUUUAUAUUCCAUUAAAUAAUGGGAUAUUUAUAAAGUAACAUUUAUGGAAAAAAGAAAUAUAUGUACCUAUUACCUGAUAAUAUUAAGUAUUUCAAAAAAUAAGCUUUUAAAGGCAAAACAUCUUUUGAAAUUGGUUUAGUAAUUUUGAAGGCUACAUGUUGAACAGAGAAACAGUAAAUUCUGUCAUCUUAAUUGUCAUCUAAAUUAAUUUAAAUAGGUUUCACCACCCAAGAAAAGAAAAAAUACACGUUUCUCGCAAGAUCCAGAAUACUUAGCAAGGAAGAAGAAAUUAGACGAACUUAAGUAAAGAAUAGAAAGGAACUCAUACAAAGACAUCAGCGUCGGCUCCAAAAUAACGUACAAAAACUUACGGAUUACGCAGAAAAGAACAAUAUCGAUGUAGACAAAGAUAUUUCAGAUUUAAAAAUACAGAUAAUGAAACCAGGCGAGGGUAAAGAUAAAGAAGAAAAGAAUAAUAUAAAAACUAAACCAGAUGAUGAAAAUAAGCGUCUGAAAAAUAAGCGAGGCCAGAUAAUAACUAAAGAGCAGAAAAGCGUCGGGGAAAUGCAACAUGAAUAUGACUUGAUGAAACAAAAAUCUGAAAAGAAAAUAAGAGAUUUGCAAGAGCACCAAGCUAAGGAAAAAACAAGAAUACAACACGAAAUUCACAGAAUUAAGAAACGAGAAGAACAAGUCAUCCGCAUUAUCAAAACACUCCAGGAAAAAGUUGAUAAAAAAUUGAUGAAGGAAAAAACAAGUCAUGCUAUUAAAAUACGAGAAUGGCGUAAAAAAAGCUAGUUCUGAGCUAAACAAAAAAAUUGAGAAAUUUAUUAAAAUUAAAGAUGAAAAGGAAAAAGAAAUUCACGAAAAAAUUAAAAGUCUUCACGAAAAAGAAACACAGGAGAGGGAGGGUUUGAAAGAAAGAAUUAAACAAUUGCAAAAUACUUAUGAUAGUGAAAAGAUAGAAUUCGAAAACAAAAUGCGAAUUUUACAACACCAAGAGGAUGAAAUUAAAUAUGAAAUAUAUAACGAAAUACAAAAUUUGAAACAACGUCAACAAAGAAAGGAAGAAGACAAAAAUAAAAAUAUCGAGAGUUUACAAAACAUUUUAGCUGAAAAUAAAGAGGAUUAUAAUAAAAAUAUACAAAGUAUAAAUCAAUGCUUGGCAACGGAAGAUAGUAUAAUAAGAAAAGAAAUUGAAAACAAUAAAAAACGCGAAGCUAAGGCACGACUUGAUAUGGAGAAUAAAAUUAAAGAUUUAAAAAACCAACUAGCUGAAGCUGAAACUCAAGCUAAGCAGAAUAUCGAGAGAAUGCAACGAGAGGCAGAUGAGAAGGAGAAUGAAUAUAACAUUAAAAUACAAGAAUUACAAGCAAAAGAAAAGAGAAUUAAUGCAGAGACGGAUACGAAUAUGUUUGUACUGAAAAACAAUUUUGCCAUAGCUCGAAACGAACUCAAUAGAAGAAUCCAAUUGUUAAAACAAGAUGAAUCUUUAAAAAAGCAGCAAAUAGAAGCUGAUAUUAAGCGUUUGCGAGAUAUUGAAGAAGAGAGAAAGGCUAAUAUUAAAGAAUUGGAAGAUCAGUUAGCGAAACAUUCGAAUGAAAUCGAGCAAGAAGAACAAAGAAGUGCUGAUGUAAUAGCCGAAUGCCAAAAAGAAAUAGAAAAAGCUAUGGAAGUUCAAAAAAAUAAGAAAAAAACCAUGGACCAAAAUAUUACUAAUUUAGAAAUUACACUAAUUAAGCUAAAAUCGGACGUGGAGGAAAGUUGUAAGAUAAAAGAACAAAGAGAGCAAGAAAUACAAACAAUGAAAAACAUUGAAACACAAAAGAAACAAGAGCUACAAAAUAUCAUCAAAACAUUAGAAGAUGAGUUAACUGCAUAUAGAGUUCAAUUCGAUGAAAGCAUUAAGACGAUGCAAAUGCAAGAAGCUAUAAAAACCAGGGAAGUUCAAACUCAAAUUAAAAGCAUGAGAGAAAGCAAAGCUCAGCAGGAAGAUAUUCACAGGAGGAAUCUGAAAACAUUACAAAUGUCAGUGGACAAUCAAAGGGAACAAUUGCAGAGGGAAAUUGAGGCUUUGCAGCAGAUUGAGGCUGAAAAGACCCACAAGAUAGAAAACGACUUACAAAACCUCCAAGCUACUAAGGAAAGGGCGCGCGCCGAGACCGAGAGCAAUAUCGCUGCGCUACGACAACAUGAAGAGCAGACGAGAAUAGAAAUUGAAAAUGAGAUACAAAACUUCCGAGAACAAGAGAAGAGAGAGCGCGCUCAGAUAAAGAUCAACAUUGCUGCACUUCAAGAAGAUAAAGCGCAGAGACGAAUGGAAAUAGAAAGAGAGAUACAAAGCCUCCGAGAAGAUGAAGAGAGAGUACGUGCCGAAACAGCCAGCAACAUCACUGCACUACAACAACAUGAAGCGCAGAAGAAAAGGGAAAUUGAGAGUGAGAUACAAAUCCUCCGAGAAAAUGAGGCGAGAAUACGCGUCGAGACUAACAGUAACAUCGCUAUUAUGUUGCAGGCUAAAACGAAUGUCCAAAGUAGUAUAGCUCAACUCGAGAAACUUUAUGGUGAGACAAAACAAGCGCACGAAGCAGAUAUUGAGGACUUGAAACGACAAGAAGCUGAAGAAAGGGCUACUAUUGAGGAGAAUAUUAAAGCGUUGCAAGAUGAGUUGGUUUUGAGAAAAGAAGAAUUUCAAAUAGUCAUAGACUCUCUGCAACGAGACGAGGCCAGAAUACAGAGAGAAAUCGAAGCUGAAAUUGAAAAACUGGACGAUGCUGAGACCAACAGGAGAGAAGAACACAAUAAAAUUGUCGAUGAUUUUAAGUUUAAGUUGUGCGAAAAGAAAUCUCAAGUAGAGUCUGAAAUUCAAAGGAUACAUGAAAUUGAAGUUCAAACAAGAGAACAAAUAGAGGGACACUUCCAAGCUCUGGAAGCUAUACUAGCUGGGACCAUGAACAGAUAGUGUAAUAAGCAGAUGUUAG